AUGACGGAGAAUGUCCACUCCUCCGAUCUGUUCGAUUCUAGCAAAUCGACCAAAGGUGCUAGCAAAUUGAGAAGAGAUCUCAUAAAUGCAGAAAUAUCAAAUUUACGAGAUCUUUUACCACUUCCGCCUUCGACGAGACAAAGAUUGUCGCAACUACAACUUAUGGCAUUGGUAUGCGUUUACGUGAGAAAAGCUAAUUAUUUUCAACAAGGAAAAGAAAAAGAAGACGAUGAUGAUGAUGAUGAGUCUUUGUAUCCACCUACAAAAAAUUUUUUUUUUUUUAUUUUUAUUUUUCCACCUUGA